AUUUCGAUGCUUGACAAUAUCUUGAUACUCAGCUCGUCUGUUGUUUCAUAUUCACGAUUUGUGGUUCUGUAUUUUUGAUACCUAUAGAGCUGCAUUCUACAAUUUAUCGUUAGCUAGAACAGAUAAUAAUGUACAUAUAGUAAUGCAUGUCAGCAGUGGCAGUGCCAAUAAUCUAGUUCGUCGCAUACGCGGGCAAAGUGGAGUUGUUACAAUAAGUUAAAAGGCAGUGGGUCAAUUUCAGUGAAUAUUGUAAACAGUUCUCAGGUGACCGCGGGUUACGUGUUGCUAAUAAUUCGCGUUGGGAGUAACCAGUGUCAGCGCACCUGCAAAAAAAGCUCUUAGUAAAGCUCUGAUUGUCGUCUGCGAUUAAUGUGUUUAACCGGAGACUGAUUUAUUAAUUUCCACAACUGUACAUGUUCAACGGUAAAGGAUAUUAUCAUAUAACUAGAAUUGGAACAUUUCUGGCGCUGCUCUGUGCACUCCGAUUGACUCGGGGAACGAUUUGGAACUGGCGAUGAAAAUUGAGACAUCGCAAGAUAUGACAUAGGCAGACAUCCAUGACUCUGAUCCCAUUUAAGAUGGAUAGUUACAAUCCGUAGCAGUUUUGCCAUGCUGGUCACGCAAUCUCUUUCUCCCAUGAACAAUCUGCCAAAUAUGUUGUCAGUGUUGGAGGAAGAGUCCAAUGUCGAUAUUGACGAUGUGUUCCCACCUCAUGUCGACACAACAAAUAUCGUUAUUCAUCCGGAGUCACCGACCAGCAAAAAGCAAGCACUAAAGACUUUCAAUGAGGUGAACGUGCUUCUACAGUCAGGGAGGAAGAGAGAGGUCAAAUUGAUCAUAAGAGAUAAUGCUUGGCCACUCAAUAAUGGCAUUAGAGCACAGUUAUGGCCAGCGCUUUGCAACCAGCAUACUCACGGCAAGAACAUGCUGGAUGGAUUUUAUUGGGACAUGGUCAAUCAAGUAUUUGGCACCACAGAAUUGCCGGAGAAAUCCAUCAUGCUACCACCAUUUGUUGAUAGUACACAUUGUCUCUCUUACAAUCUGACGCGUAAGGGUCGAAGCGUGGCAGACAGAGUUGUAUCAGUUCUGGGUUUUGCCUGCCCCGACAUCACCUUCAGCCCUUCGCUGUAUCCAAUAACAGCGCUUCUUCUACACUUCAUGCCAGAGGAGGAGUGUUACCAUUGUAUGGCUAGUUUGGUUGCUGCCAAAGAGAAAAUGUUCAUCACGCAAACUAAACUUCUCUACGAAGUUACUUGGAAAACUGUUGAGCAAAUAACUAAAAAACACGUGAAAUCUGCUGCCGUACAUUUAGCAAGGCAUUGUUCCGGGUCAAGGGCCGAGAGAAUCUACAUGGACUGGACUUGGUGGAUUCUACAGCUACUUCCUUUUCAGCAUCUAGUCAGGGUUAUGGACUGUUUUUUACACGAAGGCAUUAAGGUCUUCUAUCGAGUAGCUAUGGCUAUAGUUUUGUUAUUCUACAAACAUUCUUCUGCGCAAAAUUCUGAAUGGAUGAAUGAAAUUUCAAAAAAUGGGAUUGACGCAGCUCUAUCAAAAUUCUGCCGGCAAAUUCCAGUGACGCCAGCUAAGUUCUUACGAACUGCGUUUGGGGUGCGCGCUCUCAGUUCGGCCUACAUAUCUAGAGUUUUUCUACGCACAGAAAUGGCUCUCAAGAGUCGAAGUGUAUUAGGCUCACGGUCCUUGGCAAGGUCAAGGUCAACUGACAAUCUGCCUACGAGCCAGUCUCAGGUCAACAUUCAAAUGAUGUCGCACACGCUCACCAUAAGAGAGAAAGAGUGCGAAGACACGUACAAAGACAGGGGAGCACACAGUCCUGGACCGCGCGCUCUCUCCAUGGGCGUUUACCCUAUUCAAAGUAUUCGCUCCCAGAUCCUAGAUACGCCUGACUUAUUCACCCUGUGGUCAUGGCUGCCUGUACGGAUUACCAUGUAUCAACCAAUUUUAUUGUACACAACUGAAGAACACGGUUGUUCACUGACAACCUUUUAUGUCAGAGUCGAACAACAUGAACCUACGCUUCUUAUGAUAAAAACAUGCAACAACGAGGUUUUUGGCGCUUAUUGUUCAACACGUUGGUGCGAGCGCAAUUUAAAGGAUGACAAAGGACAGAGACAAGCAUAUUUUGGGACAGGAGAAACAUUCCUGUUCAGUCUGUAUCCUGAACGAGCUAAAUAUCCCUGGGUUGGCAUGGAUUCGUCUCAUAAUGACCCUAGAGUUCAUCAUUCUGCCGAAUUAUUUAUGGCUGCUGACACAAAAAUGAUAACUAUCGGGGGCGGGGAGGGCCAAGCAAUAUGGAUGGACGAAAAUAUUAGAUUUGGGAAAACGGAUCGGUGCUCAACGUUCAACAAUCCUCCGUUAUGUGCCAGCGGUGAUUUUGAGAUAAGAGUGCUGGAGGUAUAUGGUUUUGCCGGGGCUUAGUAAGAUCGCUAUACUGUUUAUAUCAAUUCCCUACUGCCAUUAAGCAACUCUCUAUGUCUAAACUGUCUUGUCAUCGACGUGUCAUUUUCGUAAGUUGGGAUACUUUAAAAGUAUUCUCAGUUUUUCAGAAAUAAUAAUAUAGUAUUAUUACGUGUCUUCUAUCAUUAUUUAUUACAUCAUAGAAGUCAUGUUAGGCUUUAAUGGUAAUUGAGAUUACAUUGAAGAGAAAUCAGUCAUUUUUUCGAUUACCUUCGUGUAAUUAUUCUCUACAGUUACAUUGCUUAGAUUUAUUAUAUUAUAUUGUACACAUAUAUUCAUCCUUGUAUAUACAGACAAUUGCAACCUCUCAUAUUAUACCGUCUUAUAUCAUAUUAUAUUAUUGCUGUUAUACAUCCACAAAAGAAAACUUGUGGUCAAGAAUAAUGAAGAUAUAAGAAACGGGACAGCAUUCGCUUCGACAAUAAUUAAUAUUUAAUGACGGUCUGGCGUCGAGUUGAUUCACAUCACAUCAAGUGACUAAGAUUACGUGAAUACUUAAUAUUCCUUGGACCAGACGUAUUGUUAUAAAAAUGUAUAAUUACUCUAUUAUAUUAUUAUCAUUAUUUUAUGUUUAUUACAAAAGUUUGUAUAAACGUGUCGUUUCAUAAAACUUUAAUUAGAUAUUGUUGUUCUUACUUUUAAUCGGUUAAUAGAGUCUGUAUUUAUGUUUAAAGCAAACAUAUAUUAUAUAUACAUAUAUAUAUAUCUACAUAUACUUAUAUAUUGUAUAUAUAUUUAUGUACCGUUUCUUGUACAUAUUAUAAAUAUUGCCCCGUGUAACAUGUUAGUACAAUCAAAAACAUUGUGAUCCAUGGCCAAUGAGAAAUUCAUAGCAAUGCGUGUACCCAGUGAAUUAUAUAGUAUGGAGGUUUACGUCACUAUUUUUAGCGAGACUGCAUUUUUUCCUAUGACAUGAAUUUAAUGAAAUUAAUCAGCCGAUUAUUUUUAUUGUAGCUAUGUCGGCAGUCGAGUAUUAGAUUUUUCUCGAUUUCGCAUCUCUGGAUCCAAUAAUACUGUAACCCGAUUGGAAAAAUACUAGAUCUUAUAUUCAGGGGACCCUCUACCUCCAGCCACAAAUAAAACAAGGUCGUAAUGAGAAGUGAACACUAUAUGAUGUACGUACAAAGUACAUUCGACAUAUUGUUAAAUAAUGCCAUUAGAUUCUACUAUUCCUCCUUAUAUACUGCAAGUGUGGGAGAUUUAAAUGAAAUAUGUUCGGGUUCAAAAAAUAUUUUUACUUUGGUAGUAAAGACAAAUUUUGCUUUAAGGAUCCCGUACAUGUACCCAAAUUUGAUUCCGAAAUAAUAUCUACAUAACUGUUUGCUACUCUGCUCUGCAGUACUUGAUAUUAUCAUACAGGCGCGACGUAUGUAAUAUUUAUCAGAUGUAUGUUUCAUAUAUUACUUCAAACUAUUCACUAUGUAGUAUAAUGUUAUAAAUAUUAGUUUCAAGACAUUGUUUGUAUUGUAUGUAUAUGUAUGUAACAGACGUACGGCACGAGACCGAAAUUAAACGCACUGCAAAUAGAUGAUAAUUAAAGAUUGGCAACUGAAGCUAUUAUGUGGAAGCGAUUGACAAUAAAAUCGAUCGUUGUAUUUUGCGCUGGCCGAAUAUAAUGUAACGUGAAAUAACGAGAUACGCACAAAAUGUAUUAAUCGUACGUUACAUUAGUAAAUAUUCUAUAUUACACGUUGUACGGAAUUGGAACGACAUAAAAAGUUCGCACUAGUAAGCCAAGCAAUAAUAAUAUUAAAUUGACAUAGUAUAACCAGCCUUUUGUGAUCUCAUAGGGCGAUAAAGCGAUAGCAAAACGCGAUAGUAUUACAAUGAAUUCGAUUCCUAGAGGUACAAUGCGUUUCAUGCAUGUGCUGCUUAAUUUUACAAUUAUUUUUAUUCCUUCUUGUUACUUGUAUGGAUUUCACCCUCUAAUUGAUUUGUCGUUUUACUGUCUUACACAACUCUUUUGUCAUUUAAAAUUAUCUUCCCUACAAUUUUGUUGCUUGUUCAUAUAUAUGUAUAUACAUAGACUUGACUAGAGUGAACGCAAAUCGUACUGUCGCAUUCCAAAAUUGUUUUCAACCUGCAAAAUAUGAUUAAAAAAUUAUAAAUAUUUACAUGUAUUUAGCAUUCCGAAUAGUAUUAGAAAAAGCCACUUUUUUUUAUUACCUCUCUCAUUAAACUUGGAAAAAAAAAUUUAUUUUCAAAUAUCCUAGAUUUGUACAAAAAUAGAAAUCACGACUUAGCAGAAUUUGAUAAGUGUUAUGACUAAACAAUUCUUCAUUAAAUAAUCAGUCAGUACUAGUCAAAAUAAUU